AUGGCUUCGAAAGCUUUGACGGAUUGCCCCGAGAACCUUCGAGAGGCAAUCGACUGGCUCAUCCAGGUGAAGCACGGUGACGGGAUCCAGAAGCUAUCCGACGCUCUCGGUAAGUUGUUCGACAAUGUUGUCCAGGACGCUGAAGAGUCUCUCUCGUCUCUACCCGAAUCAGAUGAGCCGUCCGCCAGAGAUGUCAUUGACAAGCUUCAAACGUUUCAGAACGCUGUUACGAAAAACUCUGAGAAUCUUAAUCAAAACACUUUACAUAAUCUCUGUUCCACCGUUGAGAAGUUUCUAGGCUAUCAUCCUACUGGAACCUAUGAUGGUUCUGGGAUUGUGUAUAGCUCCGCCUCCCGUGUGUGCGAUGCAGUCAUGUCCUUCUUGUAUGCUCUAUUCAGUGAUGUCUAUGAAAAUCAGCCGUACGUUGUUGGUAGAGUUUUGUUAGGUGGCCUAGUUAGUGACCUUGAAAAGGCCAGGUGGAGUGGGCACCAUGGCUUUUCCACUGUCGUCCCCAAGGUGGCCACUGGCCUGGAGGACUAUAACAGAAAGGUUAAGGACUCGAAUGACAGAGUCAAGAGGCCGAUUGAUGAGUUGCUGGAAUAUGUGAAUCCGGGUGGUGAGUUGUAUAGAGGCAUUCAUGCUUUGCAGGUUGACAAUGUUACUGAGAAAGAAGUUAAGAAGGCUGCGGGGCUGGUGGAGGAAUGUCAAAAACGUGCCGACGGAUUCUACAAUAAUAUGAACACAGUGGCUAGCACAACUAGCGCAAUAAAAGACCUAAACCCUACUUUGCGUGAUAAAGUUAUGAGUGCUAAGAAACAUACGACGCAAGAGAGGAAGCGUCUUCAGAACCUGACGAGGAAGGAGAGAGACAACUUGGAGGCCAUGACGAAAAUGAUUAGAAAGGCUUUGACGGAGCUCGAAAACAAUGUGAGCAUUAAGAUCGGUGAGCAAAUUGAUGCGCUCGUUGAAAAGUUAAAAGGUAUGGUCGAGAAAAUAAGAGCAAAGCUUGUUGACAUCUAUCUCGCGUUGGGAAAAUAUGUCGACGAGUUGGAGGCUUGGAUCACGGAGGCCAAGAAAUUCAUUGGAUUCGCGGAGCGGAAUGUUAAGAUCAUUUUGGAUGAAGUAACGGUAAAGAAAAGCGGUGAGAAGCCAGAGAAGUGGAAGAAAAUCGACGACCUUGCCAAUGAUAUUAAUAAGAAGCUUGGUGAAGAAAAUUCCAAGUUGCAGACAUGGAUUAAUAGCGCGGAGGAAACGCGUGGAAAGGCUGAGAAAAGAGCUAGAGAGGCCUUUGACAUUCUCAGCUAUUAUAAGAAUGAUAAAAGCCGUGAAAAGACAGAGCUUGCUGAAAAUCUGGAGGCAAUUGAACAUGCUAGAAAUAAAAUUGCUGAAGUUAAUAAAAAGCUGCAAGAUGCUGACAUCGAUUUGGGACAGUGGCAAAAUGCGGCAGACAAAGUGCUCCAAGGUGUGGUUUCCAAUUCUAAAAAUGUGAAAGAGAAGUUGAAUCCUGAGAAAAAUUCAGGGCAUGAAAUUGGUCAGAAAAUCGGUGCAAUUAUCGAUGCAAAAGAUAAGCUUGACCAUGCUAAAAAUACGCUUGCCCAACAUCUUGGGAGUUUGGCCAGCUGGAAGGGAGAGGCUUAUACAGUGAUUGGAGAGGCGGUCAGCAAGGCGCAGGCAGUGCAUGAUGCUUUGCAAGAAGAUAAGCAGCCUGGUAGUGGUAAGACCGAUUUGGGUCAGCAAAUUCAGAAUAUUGAUAAUGCUAAACAAGAUAUUCAAAAUGCAAAUAACACUCUCGCCACUAAACUCACGGCUUUGCAGAAUUGGCACAAGGCGGCGUCAGAGAUUGUUACCAAGGCGGAAACGAAGUGUACGGAGAUACUAAGGAGGGUUGAUAAAGAUUCGAAUAGCGGAGCGGAAGUAAAAAUUAAAGAGCAAGCACAGAAGUUAAAAGAAAAAGCCAAUGACCUUUUGUCUGCUUACCAGCAGACGUUUACCACGGUUAGCGAUUUGGGACAGAAAGUUACUGCCGCCGUUGAAGAUUUGGAAAAGGGCAUGAAAGUGGAUUUGCAGAGGCUGCAAAAGGAUAUUGUGAGCCAGAUGAAAAAGCAUGUUGGGGGGAUGCUUAGUAGUAUUAGGGAUAGUGUGGGACAGAUUAAGGGGGAGGCUGGGAAAGGUGACCAAAAUACAGGUGGCGCAGGCCUGGAAGGGAUAGUUGCUGGAGUGCAGCAGUACGCGAAGGCGUUUGCUGCAAACUGGAGCUUUAGAAAUAUAGUAGGCGGAUGGGCGGAGGGAAUUUUGGGAAGUAAUGAGAAUCACAAUAAGAAAGAGCCUAAGAAGUGGCUUCAGAGGUACGUUGAUGAUAACAAUGGGAGGGGGGGCGAAGCGGUGAGGCUGCUGAAUGGUGAUCACCGUGGGUUUUCAUGGAGUAAAAAAAUUAUCGAACAGAUUGAGACGAAGUUUGAAGGCGCGAUUAAAAAAGCCGCUGGAGUGGUUGAAAAGGAUAACGACAACAUCCAAAAAAUCAUUACAUCCGUCAAGAGUGGCUGCGAGCUAUUUGUAAAUGGCCUUGAUGAGGAGCUUAAUAAGGGAAUUGGCACGUUUUCCAACAAGAUUUUCGACGGGAUUGCAAACGGGGUUACCGGUGGCCACAAGGAAAAAAACACCAUCCAGCCCGCCAUUCAAGCCGCGCUAAUUGGACUCUCCGCUACCGCUAGUCAGGUUGGCAAGGAACUACAUUCAGUCUUCCUCGGAGAGUACAGGAUGGGAAACAACGGCAAAUGCAUCGCAAGGGAAUUGGACAAAGUGGUUCAAGACACCAGGAAUCUGGACACUAAGCUUGAUAAUGCAAGUAAGACAGCGCUUGGCACCACCGCUCUCUCAGUCCCUCCCGGCCCAGACAAUAAAAUUCUGCAGAAGGUUAUCGGGAUUGAGGAGGAAGUAAACAAAGGAAUGCAAAGAAAUGGUGGUAAAUUAGAGGUUGAAAACAACUUCAAAACAAUCAUGUCGGCGUAUGAAGUAAAGAAAAACAAUCCAGCAGGUCAACAAGGCCUAUACAAAAAGCUUACCACCAAAGAUAUCCCCAACGCGAUGGACGCUUUCAAGUCAGUAGAGGGUCUCGAAUCCGGCGGCACCGAUGGUGUCGAACCAACCAAAAAAGCGCUCACAUCCGCCUUCGAGGCAAUCGAACAAGAACUCCAAGCCAUCUCUUGGUUUGUCGAUAACGGGAAGCUGUGGCCGCCGUCGCUUAAGGACCAACCACAAGACCAAGAUGGCAUCAGACAGCGGUUGGGGGAUUUGAGUGAGAUGCUUAGGAAGGAAGAUGAUGUUCAACUUAGAGGCAAGGGAUUAAACAUGGACACUGUCAAAGGCCUCAAAGCAAUUGAAGACAAAAUUAAACAGCUUAAAGAGAGUGAGUAUGACAAAAGGACCAAGGAAAUCGGAGAAGCUUUACCAACAAUUAGGGAUGAGCUUAGAAAGCUGAGAGACACGUUGAUGAAGAGUGAUAAAAAUGAUGUCAUAUACAGGCUGUAUGAUUUCCAAUAUAUUGGUCUCGAACACAAUUCUUGGUCACCAAACGGUCUCAGAGUAGAUGGCCUUGGUAAAAUACAUACGGACAUUGCACAGCUUCAAAAAAAUCAGUUUACUCAGAAUCCAAGACUAAUUGGCGGCGCAGUUCUCAUUAUUACCCAGUCCCUGAAUAACCUCCAGAGUGAUUUGGACAAAAAUGUCACCGCCAAGCUGGAGAGCUUGAAAAGCAAUGGACUUAAUCAUACGGAAAACUGGGACGGUCAAUAUAAAAAUGUGAAGGGCUUCGAGACAAUCAAGGAGACAAUCAAAGAGCUGAAUGAAGAAUUGGGAAAACAGCCCGACGCCAUUGAAAACGUCGUCGAAAACAUCAGAGUGGAGCUCGCAAAAAUCGGAAUCAAGUUGCACAAUGUCGCGCUUGACGGUGACGUUGUGGACCACUUGAGGGCCCUGAGAACUUUAAUUUCCAAACAUGACAACAGACAAGGCCUCCAAGCAAUCCAUAAAGCCCUAGACGGCGUUCACACCCUGGUGCCGGUUAUCAACGCAAAACUCACCGAGCUGUGCGAGGCGGUUAAGAUGCCGGGAAUGCGCGUCGAAGACGCGUUGGAGAGGCUGAGCACUCUGAUCAAUCAUGACUACGUUGUCAUCAGCGGCGGUGAGCAGCACGGCCUGAACGAAAUUAAGAAUCAGAUUAAGAGGCUGCGCGCCGACCUGUUGAGCGGGCCCAUAGAUGCCUGCGAGCAGUUCCUACGAGACACCGACGCUGCCGGCAGGCUGACCAAGCAGAGACUCAGGGAGCAUCUGCGUGAGCAAAUAAACAUAGCCGAGGAUGCCAUGAUCGCGCAGGCCAACUCAAAUUACGUGUCAAGCGUGAAACAGAUGCUGCAGCAGUACGCCUCGAAGGUGAACAGCGAGCUGGGCAAACUGCCCGCCGAAAUCGAUCACGACUUGGCGGUAGGUGUCAAGGGGCUCAUGAAGCAGAUUGCCGGUGACAAUAACGGAAACAUAAAUUUGCUCACGGACGUCUCUAGCAUCCGUGAUUUGUCGUAUCGCUUCAACGUUUUCUGCGGCAGGUUGCGUCUGUACCUCGAGGCUGAGAUCAAGAGAGAGCACCUCGAACAAAUGUCGCAAAGAAAUCCCGUUCCUAGGGGCCCUGAGACGCUGUACACCGAUAAGCUCGACGAAAUUUACACAGCACUUAAUGACCUACUUGGCCACUUAACUCGGCAAAAACGCUACGACCAUGAGAUGCUUGGUAAACUUGACAAACUUGCCGACGCUGUGAAUGCCCUCAGGCCACAAGGCUUUACUAAGCCCAACAGCCCCCUGCUUGAUGGCAUCGGGGAAGGAUUGCGUGCGUUCGUUGGAGAACUAAGACACGUGUACAUAUCGACGUACGACGGCGCCUUCGACGACUGCGUGCUGUUCCACGCGGCGAAAAAGACGCACACACCCGAGGCCACCAAGUGCGCCAUGAUCCUCCUGACAAUCACUGAUAUAAUCUUCCGCGGCAUAAACAGGCUCAGAAUGGGCUGCGCAGAUGGGUGGGCGCAUCACAACAUAAAUGCGUACAAUCCCCUGGGGCAAUUCCUCGGGCGCUGUGGCUUCGUCGUUGCUUCCGAAGGCGUCAUCCACGCCGAGCUGCGGAACGAGAAUGCCUGCAACGAUGCUGAAAUCUGCAGCCUCAUCCAUGACGCUUUGGAGCCCCUGGACGCAUUCCACGACAUGCUGAAAUAUUACUUGCGUGUCUGUCACCUGCGCAUUCCCCCUGAGCCACGAUACCCCUGCACCGUCAGGGACAUCCUCGCUUGGCUCGCCGGGCUGCCGCACACCGCAGUAUACAAUGGCGUGCAGGCGCAUUGCCAUAACCUGCUCAGAGAUAGGAACAACAGCGGCGAUGCCGUCCUCAGUCCCAUCCUCUCCACGGGGCUGCACUUCAGUCUCGUCGACACAUCUGUGUUAGCCUACGACCUCCUCGUCACUGUCUGCGGUAACGGACGCGGCUUCGACCACGCCGACUACAAAUAUGCCUGCAACUUCUGGGACAACUCACGCGGCUUUCAUUACCCCUCAGACGUUGAUGAGCUGCUGGACAUCCUGGCUCGUCUGUGUAAACGUGCCUUGCGCGCACUCAACUUCUUGCGCGCCCGUUGCCGAUACGACGCGUCCAUGGGCCACGGCUGGUCACAGUGCCGGUACGGCAGAAAUGUCCCCGCCGCCAAUUGGCAGUGUGGUGACCACUCAAGCGACAAAGCUGUGUGCCAACCAAAAUCACCGCUGCAAGCGCACCUAAUGGACGGACUAGUCUGCUUGUUGCCACAUAAGCUGACGUCCGUCGGUUGUGACUCUGAAUGUUCGACGUGCCCUACGGCAUCCCCCGGCCAGCAGUGCGUCACGCCCAUGGGCUUCUGGGACCUGCCACGGGCGGCUUCUAGAACUGGCGUCGGCAGAGAUAUAUUCGCCGUGCUCACCGCCUUGUGCAGCAAUGCCGAGUCACCCCUACCCACGCUGCUGCGGUGCCUUCUGUCGAUUAAUCCCUGCCCGCCUCAAAGUCUCGGCGAUAUGUUUGCCUUCUUCUGCAAUUUGGCGCAGUGCCGGCAGUCCGGAAAGUAUGUAGAUAACUCCGGCUUCACUGCCAACCUGAACGCUAACGUCAUUCCCAGCGUCUCCAUGAACCUCUGCCCAACAACGCAGGCGGUGCGAUUGACCAGCGCGCUGACCGCAUUGUACCACUCCCCCGCCGACCACGCCACUGCAGCCCAGGCGGACGCCGACACCGACAAGAACACCAACACGGACACCCACUCGGACCUGUCGAGCCUCACCGUCAGAGCGCACUGCUCCGACUCACUGACCUGCGCUCCCUACCUCCAACCUCUCUCCUUCCACGCCUGCCACACCUUCCCCGAGCGGCACGCCCACCUCUACCUCUCAUGGGUCGUACACCUGGCGUGGCACUUCUGGGGACUGCUGCGGGAGCUAUUGGACCAAUUCCAGAACAUCGACUGCAGAGCCUCCGGCUGCGUCGAAUGUCCCUGCAACCCGGGCCAGCACGGCGUCGAAUUCAACUGCAAGUGCGGGGCUCUGGUCAGCUGUGGCGGCGUCAUGCCCACACUCUUCCACCACGGCUUCACCUUCGGCAACGCCGGGACCCUGUACCAGACGAACAGGAAAUAUUGCCGCCACUUCCACACUCAGCUGCAGAACGUGCUCCACUCCAACCACUUCACGGAGUUGUUCCGCCAGAUCGACCAACUCCUCUGGCACAUCCGGGAGCCCUUCCUUUACACCAUCGUCUCGCUCUGGUCUAUCGCAACGGUCUUCCUCGCCUACACGAUGCUCUACCGUAUCGACGUGCUGCGCAUCCGAUCGCACCUACUCACCUCCAAGGCUUCACACCUAAUCGAUGUCAAGGCGCUCCUCACUCACGGGAGGGAGAUGCUCUCACUCUACCACGACGUAGAUUACUUCGACGAUGAACCUUUUGACUAA